AUGGCCCCCAAGAAGCGCCCAGAAACCCGGAAGCCCUUCGAGGCGGUUUUGUGCCCCAAGAGCAAGAAGAGCAGGAGCGCCCGAGAGCCGGAGCCCGAGGCCAAGAAGCUCUGUGUGAAGGGCCCCGGUUGUAGCAGAAGACUUGACUCAGGCUGCCUUUGGGAGAAGUUGACUAGCUUGCAGGUCCCACCACCAUGCGGGAGCAUCGUCAGGGCCCUCCAUCAGCAUAAGCUGGGCAGAACCGACUGGCCAUCACUACAGAAGGGUCUCCAGCAGUCCUUUUUGCACUCUCUGGCUUCUUACCAGAUAUUCCAAAAGGCUGCCCCUUUUGACAGGAGGGCCACAUCCUUGACAUGGCACCCAACUCACCCCAGCACCCUGGCCGUGGGUUCCAAAGGGGGAGAUAUCAUGCUCUGGAACUUGGGCUUAAAGGACAAACCCACCUUCAUUAAAGGGAUUGGAGCUGGAGGCAGCAUCACUGGGCUGAAGUUUAACCCUCUCAAUACCAACCAGUUUUUCACCUCCUCCAUGGAGGGAACCACUAGGCUGCAAGACUUUAAAGGCAACACUCUCCAAGUUUACGCCAGCUAUGACACGUGCAACUUCUGGUUUUGCAGCCUGGAUGUGUCUGGGAAAAGCCGAGUGGUGGUCACAGGAGACAAUGUGGGGAACGUGUUUCUGCUGAACAUGGACGGCAGGGAGCUUUGGAAUCUGAGAAUGCACAAAAAGAAAGUGACCCAUGCGGCCCUGAACCCGUGCUGUGAUUGGUUCCUGGCCACAGCCUCUGUAGAUCAAACAGUGAAAAUCUGGGACCUGCGCCAGGUUAAAGGGAAAUCCAGCUUCCUCUACUCACUGCCACACAGUCAUCCUGUCAACGCAGCUCAUUUCAGUCCCGAUGGAGCCCAGCUCCUGACCACCGACCAGAAGAGUGAAAUCCGAGUUUACUCUGCCUCCCAGUGGGACAGCCCCCCAAGCCUGAUCCCACAUCCUCACCGCCACUUCCAGCACCUGACACCUAUCAAGGCAUCCUGGCAUCCACGGUACAACCUCAUUGUUGUGGGCAGAUACCCAGAUCCUAAUUUCAAAAGUUGUUCCCCCCAUGAAUUAAGGACAAUCGAUGUGUUUGAUGGAAGCUCAGGGAAGUUAAUGCAUCAGCUCUAUGAUGAAGAAUCUUCUGGCAUCAUUUCGCUCAAUGAGUUCAAUCCUAUGGGGGACACACUGGCCUCUGUGAUGGGUUAUCACAUUCUCAUUUGGAGCCAGAAGCAAGCUGCGAUGUGUAAAUGA